AUGCUUUACAAGGUCACUGAUAUUUCUUAUGAACAUGUUUAUAAAUCUUUAAAUCAACAAAAAGAGUAUAUAACAGCUAACGGGUUUUCUAAAAAGGUGAUCCAAAUGGGAUUGGAUGCGGAACCCUUGGCAAUACAAGAAUUAAACACACUCAUGAAAAGUUUUAUAGCAAAACAUAUGCCGAAAUAUAAUCAAGAAGCAACUUGCAAAAACUUCAAAAGAAUAUUGUUGGCUAAAUCUCAAAAU